AUGGCAGGGACAAUCACGAUAUCCGUUGCUGAAUAUCAGUCAUUGCUCAAAACAGGGCAGCAGUUUGUUGCCUUGAAGCAGGCAUUGCUCGCGGGAGGAGCCACCACCGAGACAUUGGACGUUCUGAUCGGCGACAAUUUGCCACCGACGCCUUCGGACGAGUUCAUCAAUGUUCGCGUCACCGAAUCCCUUCCAGAUGGUGGCUCAAGAACUCUGUCCAUACCCGUUCAUCGAUCUUUCAACCCUCUAGCCUCUGACUCCGUGACCUCCGUCCUUCGCCAACAACUUGCUUAUUUUCGCAAGCGACUCCCAGAGGCCUAUUCGCUUCUUACAGCUGAAUGCACCGAGGAGGGUGGUACGCAAGCCGAGAUAUUAGAGGCAUUGGUCGAGAAGACUCGUGAUGAGCUCACGAAUCCAAAACGGUCAAUUGUGAUCUCCGGACUCUCGCCUGUUGCGACACUCGAUAGCCUCGCUCAGGGUCUCAAGGGUGGUGCCAUCUUGCAAAUGUAUCUGCGACCCAGCAACCGCUCCGCCCAUGUCAGCUUCGUGAACGCGGCGUGGGAUGACCGACAAACUCGGACGCGACCAAGCCUUACCACGCUCGAUCGAACUCGCAAUUUGGUCAUUCGCUUUGCCAGUCCAGAAUUGACUGCAGAUGGCAUUCGAGCAGAUCUCGACCACAUCCAUCACUUGGAAAUUGUCCACCUCUUCUUCAAAAACGGCCAUGCCUACAUAUCUCUCAACAGCAUUCAGUCGGCUCUCACGGCAAGGAAUUGCAUGCUUUCGCGGCUGAAAUAUAAGAGGUUCAAGAUUGAUUUCUAUCCCGAUGAAUGUGCUCAACCUCUGCCGCCACCACCGCCACCGCCGCCUGCGAACAAGGGGCCCUCGAACAAGUCAUCGGCCAGCAAACCGUUCCAACUGUUGCGCAAAAAUCGCUUUGAAAUGCUCUGGAGUGAAUCGGAAGAGUCCGAGGAGUCCUCAGACGCAGGCGAGGCUUGA